CAUGUAUUGAAUGCAUGUUUACUUUGACUAUUGUUUUGAUUACAAUUGGAUUCGCAUUGAGUUAUGGAUUGAAUCAAAACCAUGUUUUUGGCCACAAAUCAUAUGAUUGUGAAUCAGUUUCGGACACAAACUCUGUUGAGACAGAGAUUGCAGUCAUUGAACGGUAACGGAGGACAAGCGCUGAGACAACGGUUGGCCACUAAUGGCGGACGCGAUGGUCGGUCGGUAUGGGAUCAGCUGAGGGAUGAGCUGAACGCCAAAGUGAUACUCUUUGUGACACUUCUGAGACAACAGUCAAAUGUUUACAUGAGUUUACGGCUGCGACGGAUGGCACAGAUCUGUGGCCUCUAUAACAGGAUUUACAGCGAAUCGACGGUCAAUAAACUCAUGUCACAAAUGCUGAUCCGUCUGAAGGCUCGAGCGCUGCAGUCGUUGCGCAACCGCUUGAGUGGCGACAAGAAGGCCAACGACUCGAUCAAGUGUCUCAUGUCUGCCGUUUGCGGGCUCUUCUGUUGGGACAGUCAGCGCAUCACUGAUGGAGACCUCAGGCAAACCAUACGUGACUUUGAAAUCGUGCAGAGAGUCGGCGCCAGUAAUCGGAUCCCAAACAAUGACAAUAUGCCGAAGAGUACCUCGUUUUCAGUGUCCGCAGAGACGCACAGUAUGAAUGAUAACGACGGCCAAUGGGAGGCCGUUAUUAUGAGGGAUGACUUCAAACUGUGGCGCAAAGCGGUUCCCAACACUUCUCUCUAUCAAUACAAAGUUUUUGGUACAUUCAAUGACAUCCCGGCCAGAAGUUUCUUCAGAGUACAAAUGGACACCGAAUACCGUAAGAAAUGGGAUAAACUGGUGAUCAAACUCGAUAUCAUUGAAAAGGAGCCCUUUUUUGCCGAUAAAGACCAACAGAGUUGUGAAGAUUCCGGGAAUCAAGUCCUGCAUUGGAUUAUGAAAUACCCG